AUGUCAAUUGCAACGAAAUCGCUUAUCUAUAUAUGCACUAUCAUAGCAAUCUUAAUACCGUGGUGCACUGUCAUAAACAAACCAACGAGCGAGAUUAACCACCUAAUACAGUAUGUCACUUCUGAGUUAAAAGUCGUUAUCCCCAUUACACUAAGAUUCAACAAUGAGAAGUUUAUUUUCCCUGACUUGAAACAAGCCGCCCAAAUCCAAAUUAAUGAGGAGCUUCACUCAUUAGGUGCAAGACGUUUAGAAUUGGUACUAGUGGAUAGCUUACCGGGGAAGAAUGUGAGCCAAGAAUAUUUAAUGGAUCUCAUACUACAUCACGAGAAUUCGCUUGGGAUUUCCUCAGAUUCGCUACAAGCCGCUAUUUUCUACACCUUGGAGUCCAUUCAUUCAAACGACUUGCCAUUUUUCGUCGCACAAACAGUGUUGUAUCAUUUCCUCAACGCCGAAGUCGACGUAUUUAGCAGACUGGCAAAUGAGGACUUUAUAGAUGAUCUUGAGUUUGAAAUUGGGUUUGGUCAAGGAACAAACAAGACCAGGAAUAAGGAGAUUUUAAAAACCAUUGAAGAGUUAGCGUCCGCCAUGACGUUGAUUACACGUUUACGCUGGACUACGAACACCGAGCUAGUGAGUGAAUCUAAUCGGGUUGAAAUAAGUUUUCCAGGGCGAUUCUCCAAGACCUUGAAGAGUGAUUCAAAUACUGCCAAUAGGAUCCGAACAAUCUUGGAAGAUGAGCUACGGCUCCUGCAAAGGCCACGUAACAACUUUCAAAUACGGCUUCUUGCAGCAUAUAAGAAAAAGACCUUGUCAAAUAUAGAACGCUUAUUAAGCAAACUUGAUAAAACUUCAGGAAAAGAUAAGUUUUUACCUCAAUUAGCCCAAGUUAUUGCCGAUGUAGGGAAAUCACAAAACGUUUCCUGGUUGGGCUACUUGGAGAAGACUCAGAAGAUGUUAGACGAAAUCGAGAGUUUCCAGGUGAAGCCAUUAUAA